AUGUGGAAAACCAUCAUUUCAGCCGGCCAGCAAGCCACCCGAGUCAGUCGGAGCCAGGUCUCAAAAACCACCACCCAAUCCCUCGCCAUCCCAACAGCAACAAGAACGCCCUUCAGCACAACCCCACUGUCUCAGGUUGAAAAGGGCCAGACCUCGCUCGACCGCGAAACAUUGAACCCAGAGCGCUCAGAGACUGCCAAAUCUGGUACGGACGCCGAAGUCGCCAAACACCCCUCUGCAUUCGACCCAUCGAACACAGCGCCGGAGAGCGAGCUCGCGGCAACUGAAGAGGAAAGCAAGCAAGAAGGCAAGAAGGGGAGUCCUCUUAAUAUGAGUCCAGCCAAUAAGGGUGCCAGCACUUACAGGCACCCGGGUGAGGAGGGGCCUGAUCGGAAUCGGGAUCGUGAGGCUUCCAGCACUCGCGGAACGCCGAAGAAGGGCCGCAGUAUUCAUGUGAAGGAGGAUGGGACUCAUGUUUCGUACCGGGAUUGA